AUGGGUAAAACUUUAGAGAUUCAAGAACACCUUCCUGCACUUCAUUCUUUACAUACCUAUCAAUACGAAGGCGAUCAAUAUUAUUCUGCCGAUGAAAUUGUUGGAUCGUUCUUUAAAAAGGAGAAAAAUCAAAAAAUCUGCAAUAUUAUCGAAAGAAGCUAUGGCAAACACAUCACGAUCAAUAAUUGCCAACAGCAAGAGAUUGGGUUUCCAAAGGUAAAAAAGUCCGCAAUUUUGUUAAGCUUGGCAGCCGUUAUUGGAACUCUGUUAAAGUUGUCGAAGAAAGAUCAUCAUGAUUUAUUAAUUCAACACCUGUUCCAAACGCAUCCCAAUCACAACAGUGAUCACUAUGAUACACGUAUGGAUGACGAUGAAUUAUUUGAUAAUUCAAUGGAAGAAAUUUUCAAUCAGCCUCAAGUCGAGGACCAAGAUGAAGCUUUCAAUCAAUUGGUUGCUGAUGCUGCAUCCUAUUUUGUUGACGAGAACUCUAAUGAAAAUGAUGAUGAUAUUUAUGAAAAUAAUAUUAUAGUAGAAGCUUCUGAUAUAAUUAAUGAUGCAAGUCAGCAACAUGAACUUAAUACAACCUCACAAGAUUACUCUCAAACAGUAGAUAGCAUGGAAAAAGCAAACACUAAUCCUAACCUUUCUCAACAGUGGAACGAUCAAUGGAACGCUUCUCAAAAUUGUAUACAAUAUUCUGGGCUUAAGUAUGUCGAACCAUUCAUUUUGGCAGACCAGACUUGUGAGACAUAUUUGUCCCAAUUUGCACUUUGGAACUAUUUCAAGCCUCAACAGCAAUCACAGCCUCAACAAUUCCCAACACAACCAGUUUGCUCUCAACAAUAUAAUAUUGAACAAUGGAAAAAUUGUUAUACAACUGAUACCGCUUUACAAUCCAAUACAUGUGACUCAUUCAACCAUUCUCAAGCACAAUCUGAUAAUGAUCAACAAGUAGAAUUGAAAUAUUGGGAAUGUGCUUGUUGUAAACACCAAAAAGUCCAAGCAUGUCCUCACAAAUACCCUGGUAUUCAAUCAAAUCAAGACAAUUACAACCGUGGAGCGAAAGAUCGAGCAAAAGAAAUAGUGUCUAUAUUUGAGAAAAUGUUAGUUGAGAAAACUUUCAAAUUACGAUGUCCAAGUUCAAACUACAUUGGAUAUAUUAUAGACUUAGAUCAAGCCAUAUUUUAUAUUCUGAAGCUAUGUAUGUCAUUAGGGAAAAAAUUACCCAAGAAAAUAUUUUUUAAAAUUGGGGUAGAUGGUAGAGAAAUUAAUGGAGUUAAACAAGUUGCAGUUGCAUUGGUUCCACUCAAUUUAAGAGAUGUAUUUCCAUCGCAGGCUGUUUAUUCUGUGUUUUAUAUUGGGUUAUUUCAGAUGAAGGAAACAAAAGAAAGUAUCAAAGAAACAAUUGGAACGCUUCACGAUGAGAUUGAGCGUGUUUUGCAAAAACAAUAUUUUGGGAAGCAUCAAGUUUGCCUUUUUUAUGUUUCAGACAUGCAUAAUGUAGGCAUGACGUUCUCAUUUGAUUUAUGUCCCUAUUGUAUGGCUCAAACUAUUGUAGAUUUUGCAUCAACUCCACGCGACUCUCUUGACGGCCAGUUACCUUUUUCUCCAUCACAAACAAUACUAUGUGCUCUUCAUAUCAAACAGAGGCUAGUAGAAAAUGUUAUUGGUUAUAUGGCAUCAACAACUUACAAAUAUGAGAUUCAGAAAAAUAUACAAACAUUACAUGGAUUGGAAACAUUUAAUUGGAAAGAGUUCCACGAACGAGUAUCGAAUUAUGGAAUUUCUCAAACCUCAGCACGAUCAUCAACCAAGUCAUGUAUGCUGUCGGGAGAUCAUUGUAACACUAUUUUACAAAAUAUUGAGAAAGUUGUUGAUAAUAUUGAACCAAGCACCAAACAAAAAUAUUUACAAAUUCUGAAAUUGUUGCGAAAUAUUAUCAUUAUUAUUGAAAUGCAUCAAGAUAACGAAAAUAAUGACAAUGUAUUGACAGCAAAUAAGAUUGUGGAAUUGGACAAACUGAUAAUGCAAUUCUUAGUUGCGUGUUUUUCAAUAUGGACUCAAGGAAUUAAAGCUCAUUAUUUCCAUUUUAUAAUUCAUGUACCCUCAAUAAUGAGCUCUCUUUUCAAAGAAAAAUUAUCACUCUCGAUUUUGAGUAAUCAGGGAUUCGAACGGUCUCAUUUAUUUCACCAUGCAGUGUUUAAUCGAAUUAUUAACAAUGGAGGAGAUCGUACUCAAAUACACCCAACCAAACAAUUGCUAUUGUGGCAAUGGAGAAAGGUAUUAGUCGCAAUUGACUUGAAGGAAAAAACAGGAGAAACAUAUUGGCAUGAAAAACGUUUAAAAAAGCUUUAUUCUUGGGAUGCAAGUCAUGUCAAACCACAAAAGGAAUUGUAUCAAUGGUAUGAUGCUUCUUUAGUGGACCCAACCAUAAUUACGGAUCGUGAUAAUUUGAACAUGAUGAUUCAAAAGAUCCAAGAAAAUGACAAGGAGAACAGGAAGAAGCAAACUUCCAAAAAUACAGACACCAAUGCCUUCGCUGGGAGAGUAACUGCAACAAUGUCACACAAGAAACGGAAAGGAUGUCCUAGCAAUGAUGAAUGA